AUGGCCCAAGCACCGAAGAUUCAAAACCUCUGGGAACCAUCAUGGCCAAAUUUUAAUGAUGUGAGCAACGGUAGUUCACUUUGGGACUCUGGCGCGACCAAGCCGGGAACUUUACACGAAAAUCUCGACGGUAUGCCCAUUUUGAUUGCUUCAUGUGUGAUGUUAUCAGGAUUUUCCGAUGUGCUUAUUUCCAAAGAGUCAUUGUUUCCAGAAGCCAAUGUGUGGUCAUCUCUCGAUGCUGACGAGUCUUCUUGUUCUUCUCGUCACCUAGAUAAUCAGCGGUCUAGCUCAGACCCAUCUGAUAUUAUCUCACCCUACUCGGCAUGGAAUUGCGACCAAAUAGACAAGUUGUGGAGUCCGUCCGCCAACGAGACGAACGAGUGGUCUCUGUCGUCCAAAAAAACAUGGUUUGACUGUAUUUCCAAUGCCACCGGUCCAGACCCAUUAAGUGAAAGUUCUUUUGCCGCCCCAGACCAAGUGCCUGAAAAUAUUAUUCCAGAAAAUGUCUUUCAAAGCGUUUGGUCCCCGUCCACAUUUUGCGAUUCUGAUCUGCGACCGGAAAAGGCUGUUUGGGGUAAAUUGCCAAUUGAGAAUGCAACUAACAACGAGUCGCGUUCGCUGUCCUCAGCCACUACCGCUACCACUGGUCCUGAUGACCUCAUUACUCAGCUCAUAAACUCACACGACGGGUGGGGUAGUCGGGGUGUGGACCAGUCAACCCCGUGGGAGGAAACUGCCACUGGUCACCCAAGUGAUCCUAACAACAAUGAUGCAGGUUACUACGCCAAAAAGUCUUUCGCCUCGGCCAAAACCGAGCCCACCGGACUGUUGCAGGAGAACAAUGUCUGGACAAACGAGCCGCCCACAGGCACUGGCAUUUGGGAAUUGCAUUAUGAACAGCAGGGCAAGAAGACUGCUCGCUGGCAGCAGAACCAGGAGGAGACGCGUGACCUUUGCCAACUACCCCUGGCCGGUGGUAUGCCCGGCACGAAAAUCCCCAUGGCUGCAGUUCAGUUUCGACCACCUAAUCAGCCCAAUGACUUGAUGUCUUGGACAAAUAUGCCUGCUCGGCCCUUUGACUGGAGGAACUCACUGGUUCAAGCGCCAAACUCGGGUGGUGCUGGUGGUAGCCAACCCCUCCUGAAACCCAAGAUGCCAAAUCUGCGUCCUCUUCUUGGCAGCACCGGCGCCCAC